UGAAAACUGAUUUUUUGUUAUUGUUCUUCACUCUGGGUAGUGCUGUGUAGAUUUCUGGAUACUGUUGAUUUAGUUUGCCUAACUUGGGAUAAAACUGAAGCUUCACUGACUCCUGAAUCAGGUUGCAAAAGAAGAUGAAAAAGCUUAUUCUCCUUUUCUCCCUGAUCUUGGCUCCAGCCUCUGUUUACACAGAAGAUUUCAAGGCAAAACUAAAUCUUUCACCAAGCAAUAACAGUCAUAAACGAUUUAAGAGAGAAUGGAUCUGGAAUCAAAUGCAUAUCAUGGAAGAGAUUAAUUCACCAUUACCACAUCAUGUUGGGAAGAUCACAUCAAGUUCAAGGAAUAAAAAUGCUAUGUAUGUUCUUGAGGGGGAGUAUGCCAACAGCAUCUUUAAAGUCCGUGAAGACACCGGAGAUGUGUAUGCAUUUGAGAGGCUGGACCGAGAAAAGAAAUCAGAGUAUGAGCUGACAGCUCUCUUUAUUGACAGAACAACCAACAAAUCACUGGAGCCACCAUCCAGAUUUAUCAUCAAAGUCUAUGAUGUUAAUGAUAAUGUUCCUGUGUUUGUACAAAAAGUGUUCAAUGGUUCUGUCCCAGAAAUGUCACCAGUAGGAACUUCAGUCACCAAAGUGACAGCAGUGGAUGCUGAUGACCCAACACUUGCAGGUCAUGCCACAGUCAUAUACCAAGUUAUUCAAGGAGAGCGCUAUUUCACAGUUGAUGAUUCUGGAGUGAUUUCUACAGCCACAGCUGAUUUAGACAGAGAGAAUCAGUCUACAUAUGAAAUUGUGGUUAAAGCAAAAGAUUCUCCAGGGCUUCACGGUGGGGAUUCAAGCACUGCUACAGUCAUUAUUACUUUGUCGGACAUCAAUGACAACUUCCCAACAUUUGAACAGCAAUCGUUCCACUUUAAAGUCUUUGAAAACGUUCGAGUAGGAAGUGAAGUCGGCAAAUUGAAAGUACAAGACUUUGAUGAGCCACAAAACAGAAACACAAAGUACAAUUUUGUCAGAGGAGACUAUAGAGAUACCUUUGAAAUUAUACCAAAUGCAUUCACCAAUGACGGAAUAAUUAAGCCAAAAAAGCCAUUGGACUAUGAAAAAAUAAAAGAGUACAAGUUUGACAUUGAAGCAACUGAUCCAACGGUUAAUAUGCGUUUCUUCAAGCCCGGUGGGCCAAAGAGCAUUGCGACCAUUACCAUUGAAGUUCUUGAUGUUGACGAGCCUCCCAUCUUCUCUCAGCCAUCUUAUGUUUAUGAAGUAAAAGAAAACUACUUCACAAAAAACCCGCUUGGCAAAGUUUUGGCAGUAGAUCCUGAUGCAGCAAAACGGAAAAUUAGAUAUACCCUCCGAAGAUCCAGCCCCAGUGGGGACUAUGUCAAAGUAUCCAAUAGUGGAGAUAUCUUCAUCUCAAAGCAGCUGGACAGAGAAGCCAGUGCCUGGCAUAACCUUACCGUGGCAGCCCAAGAAAUCAUGGCAGACAAUAGAUUGUCUGACAUAGAAUCACAUACACAAGUUUAUAUCCAGGUUCUUGAUCAAAAUGACAAUGCUCCAGAAUUUGCUUAUCCUUAUGAGCCCAAAGUGUGUGAAAAUGCUGCACCGGGAAAGGUGAUAAUCAGGAUUUCAGCUACUGACAAGGAUGAAAUGUUGCCUGGCGUUAACUUCAAAUAUUCCCUGACCACGGAAGACAGCAACUUCACAUUGGUUGACAAUCACGAUAACACAGCUAAUGUCACCGUCAAAUAUGGACAGUUUAAUCGUGAGCUGGUGAAAAUCCACUACCUACCUGUCAUCAUCUCAGACAAUGGCACGCCAGAGCUAAGCAGCACAAAUACACUUUCCAUCAGUGUCUGCAAGUGUGAUGAGAAAGGAGAAUUCACUUUUUGCGAAGAAGCAAGUAAGCAAGUUGGAGUUAGCAUUCAGGCACUGGUGGCGAUUUUUAUCUGCAUCCUCACAAUCCUUGUAAUCACGUUGCUGAUCAUUCUGAGAAAGAGGCACAAGAAAGAGCUGACUGUACUCAGGAAGAAUGUGGCAGAGAUUCAUGAGCAACUUGUCACCUAUGAUGAAGAAGGUGGUGGUGAAAUGGACACCACCAGCUACGAUGUAUCUGUGCUCAACUCUGUCCGCAAGAAUGGCAUGAACCUGGAGCCUGGGCCCUGCCUAUAUGCACAGGUCCAGAAGCCAACAAGAAAUGGAAAUUCUGGCACUGGGGAAAUGGCAAUUAUGAUUGAGGUGAAGAAGGAUGAAGCUGAUAAUGAUGGGGAUUUGCUGCCAUAUGACACCCUUCACAUUUAUGGCUAUGAAGGUGCUGAGUCCAUUGCAGAAUCUCUUAGUUCUUUGGAGUCAGGAUCCUCUGAUUCAGAUAUCGACUAUGACUUUCUAAAUGACUGGGGUCCCAGAUUUAAAAUGUUAGCUGAGCUUUACGGAUUGGAGCCAAAUGAAGACUUUGUGUAUUAAGUUCAAAUCAAUUGUGUUUAGCUUUUUCCCCCUAGAGACAGAUAGUAAAGCCAAGAUGCAACCAGUAUGCAAAAGGAGGAUCAACAGAUCUUUACACAAGCAGCACAGGUUGUAACUAUGAUUCUAGACACCAAAACCUCAAAGCAUUUUGGGUUAAAAAGUUACAAUGAAAUCCAUUUUUUUUAAAGUAAUGACAUUGUUCUUGUCCCAUUCCCUCAGCAUAGGUAGCCCAGCUAGUACACGGGCUCCUCCACUGACACUAGUUCUCUAGGACCCACAGGUGAGCUCCACCGAGCAUGUCUUUUCAAUCAUUACUGCCCAGCACCUGUGAAAGUUUUCCAUAUAUAUGCUGAUGCCUUCAGCAGCAUGCCCCCGAUUUCAUUCCAUGUGGUGUCAUACCCUUUUAUCAAUGUGAAAUUAAGAACAGAGGAGUCUAGCAACUCUGAGAAGGAACAUAUUAUGGAGGCACCUGUAGCCACCUCCCCCUCAAGUCUGCCUUGCCUCCUGUACCAUCUUGCAUGGAUAAUCCAUGCCUUUGCUUCGGCAGCAAAGGGGAGGAUCAUCAUUUAAUAUUAAAGAUGAUUCCAUUAGGUUCGAAGAGAAUCAUGAUUUCUCCCUUCUUCCCAAUUCACUAGUUACCUUUCCACUCCAAAAAUGGGCUACUGCAGGAAGAUAGUAGAACUUUUGGGGAUUUUUAGAAGACCACCACAGUGGUUUUAAUUGGUCAUUUUUGAAAAGCUUGACUGUGUGGACUUCUUGCACCAUCCUGGAGUAUUAAAAUCUCCCUUUAUCCUCAGAAAAAAAUAUUUUCCUUUCUUAACUAGGAUCUUGGUGCUAUUCAAUGGAAUAUACCCUGCUGGGCAGGAAGCCUGCAGAUCAGGUGGAAUAUUAAGGCUCCAGAAC